UGUUGAAGUUGGUCGUAGAGAUCGCACAUGUGUUUUGUUUGUGGCGUGCGAUAUUUUAGGACACAGAAUGGAUCAAGCUCCGGAUAUUUCGAAUAUUUUAGCGAAAAUUGGUGGUGAAGGCAAUAAAGGAGAACCGCUGGCCUCGCAAAGUGAUACGGGUGAUACCGAAGCGAAGAUUAGUAAGAAAACUAAGACUGCGUCGCGAAAUAAACAAGAGAAGCCAAAAAUUUCCAAGCCGGAACAUGAGAUACCCCGAGGUCAACCGAAAUCCGGUCGGAUAUGGAAAACACAGAAGGAGAGAUUUGCCACGAUUAAAAAGUCGGUGAAAGGAAAGGCCCCAGCCAAGCAUUUUGCCUACCGUGAGGAGAUCAAGCAAAUAAAGGCUCUAUCGCGAUCGAUCAAGGAGGAACGCAAACAGCAGGACGUAGAGAAGAAGCAACGCCGCGAGGAGAACAAGCAGAGACGAUUGGAAAACGAGCGCAAAUCGGAAAUAGUUCAGAUCAUUAAAAAUCCCGCUAAACUGAAAAGAAUGCGCAAGAAGCAGUUGCGACAGAUUGAAAAACGUGACUUGAGCAAAAUAAAAGUUGUUUGAUUGUUAAUGGCAGUGA